UCUUGUGUCAUAUGAUCAUCAUUAACCGAAGACACUUUUGUCAGUAGGCGUUGACUCCUCCAAAAAUUCGAUUCAAAAUUAGUAUAUUGAAAAAGUAACUGCCAGUAUUAAAAGGAAACCAGUAAAUCUUUAAGCUUCAAUAUGGCACUAAGCGAUGCAGAUGUACAAAAACAGAUUAAACAUAUGAUGGCUUUCAUUGAGCAAGAAGCCAAUGAAAAAGCAGAAGAAAUUGAUGCUAAAGCAGAGGAAGAAUUUAAUAUUGAGAAAGGUCGUUUAGUUCAACAACAGAGACUUAAGAUUAUGGAAUACUAUGAAAAAAAAGAGAAACAGGUGGAACUUCAAAAGAAAAUUCAAUCAUCAAAUAUGUUAAAUCAAGCUCGUUUGAGAGUACUGAAAGUUAGAGAAGAUCAUGUGCGGAAUGUACUUGAUGAAGCUAGGAAAAGAUUAAGCGAAAUAUCACAGGAUGUUCCUCAAUAUAAAGAAAUUAUGAAAUUGUUGGUUCUACAAGGUCUAUGUCAGUUGACAGAAGCUCAUAUUACUAUUCGUGUACGUCAAGUAGAUCUUUCCUUAGUAGACUCCAUUAUUGAGCCUAUUCAAGAUGCCUAUAAACAAAUAACAAGAAAAGAUGUUGCAAUUAAAAUUGAUCAAGACAACUUUCUUUCUCCCGAUAGCUGUGGUGGUGUUGAUUUAUAUGCAGCAAAAGGGCGUAUAAAGGUCAGCAAUACUUUGGAAACAAGAUUAGAAUUAAUAGCACAGAAAUUGAUACCAGAGAUACGUUCAGCUCUCUUUGGAUCCAAUCCCAACCGUAAAUUCACUGAUUAAAAAAAAAGAACCUUUCACGUUUUCUCCUCUUUUCAUUCUGUUCUCUUUCCUAAUAAACAUUCCCUUCUUUAGAAUGCUAAAAAGAAUAACAGUUUGUUGUGUAGAAUAUAGAAUCUGUUGUAAAAAUUGUUGAAAAGAGAGAAAGUGAAAUUGUAAAAUAUAUCUAUAUACACUUAUAUGUAUAUACUUACUUACGCUCGUGCGCGAGCACACAUAACACAAAUCCAAUAUACAUAUGGCUAUAAAGUAUUUUAUGUGAAGAAA